GUGGCUAUCAAGAAACGCUCCAGAGUUCCUGGGGUAAUGAUCACUCAGUAUGUUGAGCAACUGCCUGCAGGAAAGUCGACACCUGACUUCACCCGGAAGCCGAUGCCUACGACUGUUCAGGAGGGUAAAAAGGCGUUUUUAAAAGCUAUGGUUAGUGGAGAGCCGGCACCUACUGUCACCUGGGAGCGUAACAAGGGCCAAGUUAAUGACCCAGAAAAGUACAAGACCAGAUAUGAUGAAAGAACUCGAGAGCACAUUUUGGAGAUACCCAGUGUAAAACCCGACCAAGCUGACACAUACAAGUGCUUUGCCACCAAUGAGUAUGGAAAGGCUAUCGUCACUGCAACGCUCAAUGUUAUUGAAGUUGGCUUCAAGAAGAAAGGCCAGCCAGGAGAUGCACAAGGACCACACGAUUUCAGAGCAAUGCUUAAGAAAACUGUUGUUGUCACCAGAAAAAAACAACUGCCACCGCGGAAAGAUGGAGAAAUCGAUCCUAAGCUCUGGGAACUGCUCAUCAGCGCACCAAAGAAAGAUUAUGAAAGAAUCUGCUUUGAAUUCGGUAUAACUGACUUUCGCUGGAUGCUGAAGAGACUCAACCAGUUGAAGAAGGAAAGGGCAGAUGAGCAGGCAAAGGUUGUAGAGAAGGUGGACAAAGUGAAACAAAUAGAAGUGAAACCAGACGGGAGAGCUGAAUUUAGCCUUGACAUGACACUGUGCGACCCCAACAGUGCAAUUAACUUAUACAAGGAUGGGACAAUGGUGCCAUAUGGUGAUGAUGAAAAGUCAAAGCAUAGCCUUAAGAAAAAAGGGUCAACGUAUGUUUUCAGCAUCAAAGACCCUCAGCCAGAAGACGCUGGAUUUUACCAGGUUGAUGUUGAAGAAGCAAAUGUUCUUUCAACCGAUUUUCAAGUCCCUGCUGUGGAGUUCAUUGCCAAGAUUAAGGAUGUGAAGGCCGUGGAAAGUGAGGACGCCGUCUUUCAGUGCGUCUUGUCAACACCCCUCAACAGCAUUACUUGGUCAAAACAGGACUCGUCACUUGAACAUGGGAACAAAUAUGAGAUCACUGUCUCAGAAGACAAACUUAUUCACACGUUAAGAGUUAAAGACUGUAAAAUGGAAGAUCAUGGAGCAUAUUAUGCCAUUGCUGGGAUAACCUCCAGCAGUGCCUCUCUCAUAGUGGAAGAUCGAGGUGUUCAGUUUGUCAGUGGGCUGUCGGAUACUGUUGCUAAUGUUGGUGAACGGGCAGAGCUGUCUUGCAAACUAAGCAGUGACACCUCAGAGGGUCGCUGGUAUAAAAACGGGAAGCUGCUAACCAAUGGGGAUGGGGUAACAAUUAUCAAAGACGGAGCCUGUCACAGGUUGAUAAUCGAUUGCUGUAAAGAAGAUGAUGCAGCUGUGUACCGCUUUGAAGCUGAAGGACGUAAAUCAGAGGCAACACUAAAUGUUCAAGACCCACCAACAAUUGACGGUGACGCUCUAGGAAAAUUCGCAAAGCCAGUCAUCAUAAAGGCAGGUGAAAAUGCCGAAUGGAAGCUGCCAUUCUCGGGUGGGGCCCCGAUGAAUAUAAAGUGGUACAAGGAUGACGACGAGCUCUUGCCUGGCCUCAAUGUGAAGAUUGACACAUCAGCUACUAAGAGCCAACUACGCCUCACUAAGUGCCAAAGGAAAGAUAGUGGAGAGGUCAAAAUCAAAAUCAAAAAUGAAUUUGGUACAACAGAGGCAAUUUCCAAAUUGAUUGUACUGGGUUAUCCGGGACCCCCAGCAGCACCUAAAGUUGUCAGUGCCUUUAAAGACUGCAUCAAUCUGUCAUGGAGUCCUCCAUGUGACACUGGAGGAACCAAAAUAGUCGGAUACAAUUUGGAAAAGAACAAGAAAGGCACCAUUUACUGGAGCCAGGUAAACCAAGGAGGGCCAAUUACAGAUACAAAGUACGCAGUGAAAGACGUCUUUGAAGGGGCAGCAUAUGAAUUUAGAGUGUCUGCUAUCAACCUGUCUGGUGCCGGAGACCCUAGUAUUCCAUGCGACACAGUAAUUGCAAGGGAUCCAAUGAAACCUCCAGGCAAAGUCACAGACCUGAAAUUAACAUCGUCCAACUACACCACAUUUUCACUGGCUUGGACUCAACCUAAAGAAGUGAAAGGGGUGGAGGAUGAGGCCCAAGGGUACUACGUGGAGAUCAGACCAAUAGAAAGCCUUGAAUGGACCCGCUGUAAUGCCACCCCAAUUACUCUAACUUCCUACACCGUGCUUGGCUUGAGGGCAAUGGCCACAUACUGGGUGAGAGUAAUUGCCACCAAUUAUGGAGGUGAUGGAGAACCUCAAGGCUUUGACAAUUAUAUCAUUGCCAUGCCCCCUCCUGUGAAGCCAAAAUUCAAAGACCGCAACAUGAAGACCUUUGUGGUGGUGAGAUCUGGAAAUACAGUCCGUCUGCACAUCAACUUUGAGGCCUCCCCCCUGCCAGAUAUCUCUUGGUUAAAAGAUGGUAUUCCAGUGUCUAAACAUGUAACAAUUACCAACUCUGAUAAAGGCUCUCAACUGUUAAUCCCCACAUCUGAGCGCUCUGACACCGGCAUCUACACCAUUACCGUCAAGAACCUGGCCGGACAAGAGAGCUUCAAUGUUGAAAUCAGAGUUACAGAUGAUCCCAAGCCUCCAGGACCAGUGGAGCUGGACCAGAACAUCCAAGGAACAGUGACUCUGUCCUGGUCUCCAUCUCCAGAUGAGAAGAGGGAUGACAGGCUCCACUACAUGGUGUCCAAACGGGAUUCCUUCAAACGCACUUGGAGGACAGUGGCUGACAACCUCUUCAACAAUAAGUUCACAGUUGUCAACAUUUUGCCAGGACGGGAGUAUUACUUCAGGGUGUUCGCUAAGAAUGACAUAGGCCUUUCUCCACCGUCUGAGUCGCCUGUGUUUGGAACGGAAAAGGAAAAAGGAAAGUUCAAAGUGAAUGUGCCAGAGAGAAAACGCUUGGACUUCCAGUCACCUCCAUCGUUUAUCCUUCCCCUGAGGAGACGUACAGCUCCACAAGGUUAUGAGUGCCACAUGAGCUGCGCAGUGAAGGGUGAUCCAGCUCCUCGUGUGACGUGGUACUACAACAACAUCAGCCUGAACACAAACACCAACUACCACAUCACCAAUGUAUGUGGCGUCUGCUCCUUGCUCAUACUGAGGGUGAGAGCCAAAGACAACGGGGAAUACAAAGUCGUUAUUGAGAACAAACUGGGGACAGCCGAGUGCUCAAUGACACUGAAUGUCAAAGUCGGGGCCUCUGCAAUGGGCUGGUUUUGUGCGCAGCAGCAGCACAGCCUCAACCAACUGUCAGAGUCUUUCACAACAAUGCAAAGGGAAAUAACAAACUUGCAGCAGGUGAUGGAGAUGACGGACGCACAGAUUGAUACAAGCUCGGGUGUGGAGGAGAGGAUCUUCACUCUGGAGGAGGUUCAGAAACAGGCUCAGCAGAAAGCUGAAGUUGCCCUCGCCACAUCAGAGAAGCUGAAGAACACUGACCUUUAUUCAAACCUUUGGGCUCUCCAUGAAGAGAUGGACACUCAAUGGGCUGAAGUAAAGCAGGUCUCCCUGUCAAUUGCAGCUCUCCAGGCUAUGUUCAAGAACCACACUGAAGAGUUUGACGCUGUGAAGGAGAGAAUAGUUGCCACUUUGAGCUCCAGCUCAGCACUGGCUGAAAACGUGGCUGGGUUGACGAGUGCUUUGUCCAGUGCAUGCUCCAGAGUGGAUGAGCAGGUUGCAUCAGUGGAGGCUCUUAAUGCACAGUUAGGGGGACAAUCCUCCGAGCUGAAUGAGCUGAGAGAGCUGCUGUAUCUUCAUAAUGUCGCACUUUACACAAACAACCAGGAGAUGACUGCAAUAAAGUGA